GUUAUAUUAUCAUAUUUCUGUCAGUUGUCAAUUUUUUGGGAUAUUCAUCUAAAAAAAAUUGGAUCACGAUUAUCGUCGUAGUUUCUUGUUAAAGAAUAAAUACGAAAAUAAAAACUAACAAAAUGAAACUCCCCUUUGGAAAGAAACAUGCUGAAAUUGCAACCUCCUUUGUUUCAUCUGCCGUAGGAUUUGGCGGUGCUGCCAGUUUGGGUCUUUUGUACUUCACCGACUGGAAGUUGGUAUUGCAAUACGUACCCUUCUAUGGCUCUAAAUUUGAAAAAACUGAAUAGAUGUGUUCGUUUUCCGUCAUUCUUCAUAGACUUCUAACUUAUUGUUUAGUUAAAUUUUAGAUAAUCACAAUAAUAAAUAAGAUUUAACUGACAAAAA